AUGACUACUACUACAACCACACAGACUGAUCGAUUGACACAUUUGGACUUUCGGCCAGUCUUGUCAAGCCCAGAGUUCAGACACUCACUAGCGGGAAUGGGCGCAGGGUGCAUAAGUAGCUUGGUGACGGUCCCACUAGACGUUGUCAAGAUAAGACUACAGAAUCAAGGAGCUUUGAAACCUGGACAACUCGAACACCCAUAUAAAGGAACGUUUGGGACACUAAAGACUAUAUGGCUGCAGGGUGGAAUACGGGGAUUGUAUCGUGGCAUUGGGCCAACCCUCUGUGGCUACAUCCCCACAUGGGGCUUCUACUUUACAGCAUACGACUAUGGAAAACGCUACUACUCGACCCGCCUAAAACGAAAACCAGAGGACUCGCUCGUCCACUUAAUGUCUGCUAUGAGCGCCGGAUUGCUGAGCACCGCAAUAACAAACCCACUGUGGGUGAUACGUACACGAUUCAUGACGCAGUCACGUGCUACGGCAUACCACUAUAGCUCAACGUGGUCUGCUUUUGCGACUAUUAUACGGGUGGAGGGGUGGAGGACACUGUAUAAAGGGUUGGGACCAUCGUUGCUGGGGGUGUCGCAUGUGUGCGUGCAGUUUCCGUUGUAUGAGAAGCUGAAGAGCUGGAUUCAAGAAAAUCAACAUGGCACACCGCUAGUAAAACACGAUGGCUGGAUAAGUGGGUAUGGAAUCCUACUCGCGUCUGGCAUAUCUAAGAUGGUGGCUUCUACUGCUACAUACCCUCACGAAGUCCUCCGCACACGCCUCCAAACCCAAACACACGCCUCCGAACUCAAAUACCGCGGCCUCAUACAUACAGUCCGCGUCAUACUGCACGAAGAAGGAGUCUCGGCACUUUACAAGGGGCUUCCCACCAACCUGAUCCGAACUGUGCCUGCUGCUGCAAUAACCAUCUUAACUUACGAGACAUUGUCGGCGCAGCUACAUAUACUGUCUGCAACAUAG